CUCACAGGUAAACCAGGCCCCUGCCUGUGGGAGAGAUGAGCCACCCAGGCCCACUGUUGCACUUAGGCUGAUGGAAAAUUGUGCACGUGUUCCUGCUCUGAUAUCUGCAGCAUGUUUGGAAAAGCACCUGGGGAAACCGAAGGCUGCCUUGAGAGUAGGGGAAGAGAUGGGUGAGACUUGCAGAGACUGAGGAAGUAAUUUGAAGACAGAAGAAUGAGCCAAACAUCUAAUUGCACACAAAAGUGUGUGUAUUGUAACAGCAUGCCUGGAGCAGUGUGCUUAGUUGUUAUACAAACACAUUUUGGUUUUCUAUCAGAUCAAGCACAACCCAAGUAUUGUCUGUGAAUGCAAACCUCAUGAUGUUUGCUUUUUGUAUUUCAUUCCUUUUCUCCCCAUUGAUUUACAAGCAAAUGGGAUUUGGAUUACUACAGCAAAUAUAUGAGACGUUAAUACAGCUUAGAUGCGUGCUCCUUAGUUGUGUAUUCUUUGGUACAGAAUGCUGACUGCCGACCUGUCCAUCUUGCACAACUUCUCACUCCCACAUAAAUGCAAUUAAUGCAUUGCUUGGGAAAUGCUGCCACUUAGAGCUGCUUCUGCUUUUUAAUCCCCACCUGUAAAUGGAAGUUUAUGAGCUCGUUUACCACCCCUGGCAAUCCCAGGCUGGUGGUGCUCUGGGAAUUCCAAAUGGGAUGAUGAGCGACAUAAGUUUUGAUGUGUCCAUGUCUGCUGUCAGCUUGGAGCAAGGGAAUAAGAAUCGCUAGCAAACUGAAAAGCACAAAGCUGCAAGAUGUCAGGCCGCAGUGGGAAGAAGAAAAUGUCCAAGCUGUCACGCUCCAGCAGGGCAGGUGUUAUUUUCCCCGUGGGGAGGAUGAUGCGCUACUUAAAGAAAGGAACGUACAAGUACCGGAUAGGUGUUGGAGCACCGGUUUACAUGGCAGCUGUCAUAGAGUAUCUAGCAGCUGAAAUUCUAGAACUGGCAGGAAAUGCAGCGAGAGACAACAAGAAAGGAAGGAUUGCCCCCAGACACAUCCUCCUGGCAGUAGCAAACGAUGAAGAGCUGAAUCAGUUGCUAAAAGGUGUGACUAUAGCAAGUGGAGGGGUCCUGCCCAGAAUUCAGCCAGAGCUUCUAGCCAAGAAACGGGGUGCCAAAGGCAAAUCUGAGACAAUCCUUUCCCCUGCCCCUGAGAAGAAGGGAAGGAAAUCCAUGGUGAGCAAAAAGAGUGGGAAGAAAGCGAAAUCUAACAAGGCCCGGACACCUAAAAAGAAUAAACAGAAGGACAAUGAAAAGGAAGGAGCUUCAAAUUCAACAUCUGAAGAUGGACCCGGGGAUGGUUUUACCAUCUUGUCCUCCAAGAGCCUCGUGCCAGGACAAAAGCUUUCUCUGACACAGAGUGACAUCAGCCAUAUUGGUUCCAUGAAAGUAGAAGGCAUUGUUCACCCCACAACUGCUGAAAUAGACCUCAAAGAGGAAAUAGGCAAGGCUUUGGAAAAGGCAGGAGGGAAAGAGUUUUUAGAAACAGUGAAGGAGCUUCGCAAAUCUCAAGGACCUUUGGAAGUUGCUGAAGCUGCACUUACUCAGUCCAGCGGGCUAGCAGCAAAGUUUGUCAUCCACUGUCACAUCCCGCAGUGGGGGUCAGACAAGUGUGAAGAGCAGCUUGAAGAGACCAUCAAGAACUGCUUAACAGCCGCAGAAGACAAGAAGUUGAAGUCUGUGGCUUUCCCCCCUUUUCCCAGUGGCAGAAACUGCUUCCCAAAACAGACAGCAGCCCAGGUGACUCUCAGAGCUAUUUCCACCCAUUUUGAUGGCACCAGCUCUUCCUCCCUGAAGAACAUUUACUUUCUGCUCUUUGACAGUGAAAGUAUUGGCAUCUACGUGCAAGAAAUGGCCAAGCUAGACACUAAGUAGCAACAGCAGCCAAAUGAAACUUUAUUUUUCAACAAACUUGAGUAGCAUUAAAAGCAUUAGAGGUG